UCUGCAAGCCAUGUUCUUGAUGGUGAGACGUCCUAUGCUGAGCACCUUCAGUGCAACUUUCAUGAUGUUUUUUGUGAUGUGGCUUUUUGGCAGGCUCAAUUUUUCAUCACGCAUCCUUCCAAAACUACCCCCAGAAUGGACAGUGAGGUUUGGCCAACCUCAACAUUACUAAAAUAAGUUUUAUGGGGCAUGCUAGACUUCCCCCUUGGUGUGUUGAAUGUAGUUGGUGAUCCUGCCUGCCCCUUGCAAUGGCCAUCAGUGGGUAUUUGGCAGGGGGAGGGCUUGCAGACAAGGCACUGUGACUAGACUCCUCUGAACAGCGGAGUCUGUGUCUGUGAGAUCAGCACAGUGGUGGGUAUCUACUAAUUCAAAUCACUCAUGCAAAUCUGAGCUAUGUACCUAAUACAAUAUCCUCUUGGAUAUUGAACUUAGCUAAUGUUAUGCCCAGUGCUGCUAUCAAUGGCAGUUGCUCUCCAAGCGCUUCUGGAGUGGGAGAGCAUUUCACCAGGGCUGCAGCAUGGUAGGUGGUGGUGCAAAUGGUUAACUCCCUCUCCCUGAGUACUGGGGUCCAGGUCCUGAUUGUCUUUCCUUCGAGGCUCCUAUUUAAGUUUUAACAAACAGGUACAUGAAACAGUUGGGAUGCGGGUGGCGCUGUGGGUUAAACCACAGAGCCUAGGACUUGCUGAUCAGAAGGUCGGCGGUUUGAAUCCCCAUGACGGGGUGAGCUCCUGUUGCUUGGUCCCUCCUCCUGCCAACCUAGCAGUUCAAAAGCACGUCAAAGUGCAAGUAGAUAAAUAGGUACCGCUCCGGCAGGAUGGUAAACGGCGUUUCCGUGCGCUGCUCUGAUUCGCCAGAAGUGGCUUAGUCAUGCUGGCCACAUGACCCGGAAGCUGCACGCUGGCUCCCUCGGCCAAUAAAGCGAGAUGAGCGCCGCAACCCCAGAGUCGGUCAUGACGGGACUGUUACCUUUUUACAUGAAACAGUUAUGUGAUUAAUUCCUGAAGUUUAUAUCCCCAAACCAGGAAAUACAGGGUUUAGCAGAGGUGUUUUUUUGUUUUUUUUAAGUUGACUAUUGGAAAUAUAAAGGGACGCAGGUGGCGCUGUGGGUUAAACCACAGAGCCUAGGACUUGCCGAUCAGAAGGUCGGUGGUUCGAAUCCCCGCGACAGGGUGAGCUCCCAUUGCUCGGUCCCUGCUCCCGCCAACCUAGCAGUUCGAAAGCAUGUCAAAGUGCAAGUAGAUAAAUAGGUACCGCUCCGGCGGGAAGGUAAACGGCGUUUCCGUGCGCUGCUCUGGUUCGCCAGAAGCGGCUUGGUCAUGCUGGCCACAUGACCCGGAAGCUGCCCGCGGACAAACGCAGGCUCCCUCAGCCAGUAAAGCGAGAUGAGCGCGCAACCCCAGAGUCGUCCUCGACUUGACCUAAUGGUCAGGGGUACCCUUACCUUUACCUUUAUUGGAAAUACAUAUCCAUGGCAAAAACACCAUCCAGAAAGCCACCAAAAUAUUUAUUUGGUUUGCACUGUGUGAUCUUUUGAUGCAUGUUGACUUCACAUGUUAAUUUAUGCAUGUGAUAUUGUUGGCACUUAAAUUAUUGACUUGUAGUAUAGUUGAUAAGCUGCAUUGACAGAAAUCUUUAUACACAGAAAUCCUCUUUGCAAAUUUUCUUUUGUGUUGGGGUGCUUCAAGACUUGCUAUUUUCUGGUGAAAUUCAAACAGUGGCAAAUUGUUUAGGAAAGGACUGUUUCUUGGCAGGUGGGGAAGCCAUGAUAGUUAAAGUUGUAUAAAAGUGCUUUAAGUAUAUGCUGUGGUCUACCAUGUUAAGCAUGCAGUCUACUCCUCUGUUCAAUUGUCAGCCAUAGUCAAUAGACACUUAGUCCAUUUUAUAUUCACAUGGGCUCAGUAAACACUGCUGCUUAUUUACUUGAUAUUUUAUGAUGUCUUGUAAUUCAGGAUGUAUUUUACAAUGGAGAUGUUUAAUCUGUAUCUGUUAGCAUGCUUUCACGAUGAAGAAAUGCAUAUAGAUAUACAUAAAUAUAGAUAUAUAUAGUGUGUUAGGGGACAAAUAUCUUGUGUUUAAUAAAAACAAAGAAUGCACAAUACCCACCACAAGCAUUCUGAUUCACAGUUCAGUUUUGUGUCUAAAAUCUGGCUGAAAAUCUGCUUCUUUUCAUCAUUUCUUAUCCUGAAUGUUUUUUUUUCCUUAAAGAGGCAUCAGUUCAAUGUUAAAACAAAGCAAUGCACAUUCAUCUUAGGUGGAGGAGGAAUGAAAUGUCGCUUGAUACCUUAUUCAAGGAUGCAAUAUGACUUUAACAGAUUGGCGAACUAGACCAAAACUAACAAAAUGAAUUUCAGUAGGGAGAAAUGUAAGGUUUUUUAGACUUCGGCGGCAAUCAUCAGAUGCAAAAAUACAGGAUGGCGGCUUUCACUCCUGGCUUGUAAAAUGACCUAGGGGUCUUUGUAGGCCACAAGCUUAACAUGAGUCAACAGUGUGAAGCAACAGGAAAAAGAAAAACGAAAAACUAAUGCAAUUCUAUGCUGCAUCAAAAGAAGUAUAGUGUCCUGUUUAAGGGAAGUAAUAUAAUAUUUGCUCCCAGCCUAUCAUCCAACCAGUUCAGGGCAGACUACAAGGGAUUAUCUCAUGUCAGGGUGAGUGAUAGCAAGUGGUCCAAGGUUGUGUUACGAGUGUCACUGAUGAGUGGGAAUUUGAACUCAUGUCAUCCCUGGCUGCAUCUUAAUGGAAGAAGGGCACUGGCCCUGCAGAUGUUGCUGAACUUCAACUCUGACUUUUGGCCAUGCUGCCUGCAGCUGAUGGAAGUUGGUGUUGCUUUCCAUUGCCUUUCACUGAGAGCAGACACAGCUAAUUCUUCAAAAUCCACACUUCAACCUUUUCAACGAACACCCCCCCCCAAAAAAAAAAUCCUACCCCAAUGUGUAGGAUUGGGGUAGCAACACAGGGGGGCAAUGGGGUAGGGGAAGAAUAUGUACAAAAUUGUGUACAUGGCAAAUUUGUGUGCAGACUUUUUGUUUUAAUGAAUGCAAACUGGAGUGGAAAAAAUUGGGGUGAACUCAUUUGCAGACUAGGAAAAUGAGAAACCUCAAAUUGACAAGUUCGUCCAUCGCUGCCUAGGAGUAAACCUCAUUGAACUCAGUGGGACAAAGGACUACUCCACUGCUGGUAAGAUAUUGUCCACAUCUGUACCGUAUAUUAAAAGCACUUACUAUACCAAUUUAAUGCCAUGCCUUCCUGUAAAGAACCCUCAGAAGUAUAGUUUGCAGGGGUGUAGCACUGUUUGCCAGUGCCUGGGACAGGUGCACACCCAUGCGCGCUUGAUGAGGGUGGAGUGUGCUCACCCAGCUCUCACCAUCAGGCAGGCCUUCGCAUGCCAGGCAGGGUUGUGGCACAGAGGGUGCUCUUCACCCUCUCUGUUCCCUGCCCUCACCGCCAACAGGUAGGUGAUCUUACACCGGGUGGGGAAGGGCCAUGGACAGCAAGCGACAGGGAUCUCUGUGGGGGGUGCCUGGUCUGCGGCCCCCUCCCAAUUGCGUGCUUGGGGCCAUGGCCCCCCUGCCACCACCCAUGCUAUGCCACUGGUAGUUUGUCAGGAGUUGCUAGAUGCCCCUAUUCCUCUCAGGGAACUCUGGGAAUUGUUGCUUUGUGAGGGGAUAGGGGCCCCCUAACAACUCUCAGCACCCUGAACAAGCUACAGUUUCCCGGAUUCUUUGUGGAAAAGCUAUGAUUAUUUAAAGUAGAAUGAUAUUGUGUGGAUGUAGCCAUUGCAUUCAACAUAUUUUACUUCCAUUGUUAAGUGUUUUAGUUGUUUGGUUUGUUCAGGCAAUUGUUCAUCAAUCAUGAGCCUUAAAUCUGGAUGACUUGCGGAACUACAAGCUCAGAGAGGCAUAAAUAUUCUGGCAUUUGCGAGAUCCUCAUCAUAUAACGAAGCUGAAGUUUGCAAUGGCCAAACCCAGUGUACCCCCAAGGAAAAGUUGUAAGUUAUCGCAGUAUUCGUUUUAAAACACACACAUCUAGAUAUUGUUUGAAUGUAUGGAAAGAGCUGUCUAUCUUGGUCCAAUAAAUGCAGCUCCCCAGGAUGUGUAUAAAAAUUAUAGAGUUUUAAUCCAAGAUAAAGCUCUAAAAAUGCACGUAUAUAAGUAGGUGACAUGAUUCUUGGGAGACAAUUGAUUACAUCAUGACAGGGAGUGGCAACCAUACCUAGAAAGGGCUGUGGCCUUGUAGGAAAAGCCAAUCAGGAGCCACAACCAAUGGUGGGUGAAACCUGAACAUAAAAGUGGGAGGAGUCUGAGCACUGCAAGAAUGCAUUACUAUUUUUUUCUUCCUCUCUCUGUGACACCCCAGCCCUUCUUUACCUCUCUCGUACACACAUGAACCAGAAGUGUAUGUAAUAGAGUGGGUGACCCAGGGAGCAAGAGUGGGUGACCAGCAGCGUGCAAAGAGCCAGAUGAUACUGAGGGCUACAUUGUGCUGAUGGAAGCACUGACCUCAGCAGAGGCCAGGGUGCCUUGGACAACUCCACACAGGUCUUAGGCCGAAUACUACUGUUCAUAAGAGCAGAGCUCAGAUGUUGCUUCAUCACCAGUUACUUUUGGACUGAGCUUUAUACAGGAGCCAAGGCCCUGUCUCAGUAGGUAGUUCCCCUUUCACUAAGAGGGGCCUCUUCAUUUAAUGGGAGGCAGUGUCUUCCAAUAGACGUUUACUUCAAUAGAGAGGUAUAGAUUCCAAUUGCACUGGAGCUUCUGAGAUGCAGUCCUCAAUGUGAUGUCUUUGAAACUGGGGUUCUGGCUCCAUGACUCCUUCAAGUACGUUAGAUGCUUUUGGGGCUGGCCCUGAGGACAAUCCUUCCCCCCACUCUGUAUCCUGGUCUCAUUCUUUGAAGAAGGGGGAGUCAAGCCCAACAAACAUUAAAUUAGGGGUGCAUAUGUGGUCUACACAUUUGUAAGAAUGAGAUGGUAGGCCUCUUGAGGUGGCAUAAUGGAUUGUACCACUUCAGGCUACAGGUGAAGGCAAGUCAUUUGUGAAUGUAAAAAAAUAAAUUUAAAAAAUAUCCCUGUAAGUAAAAAAAAUCCAGCAUGCCAGGGAGCAAAGUUUUGAUCCAGCCCAUUUCCCUGCUGUGUUUUAUAUGUAGGGAAGUUUCCCUGCAUAAUGCUAUCUUGCAAAAAUGAGAUUCCUUCCAAGCUGAAAGCAAAAGUCAUAUAAUCCAGCCUACUCUGAUUUGGCUCCUUGUGUAUGUAGACUGAGUUUAAGAUGGCACCAGUCUGAGGGAUGAGUUGAGCUCUUCCAUACUGAUAUUGAGACCUGGGACAUUAUUUUUCAACUCCUGCUGGGACACUACUGCUUGUUGAGGUCAGAAGUCCAAGGUCACAGAAAGCAAUGGUGGCUAGUGUCCACUGGGACUGGUGGGGCAGGGGCAGGAGGCGGGCAAACCAACAAUGCUUUAUUCUUUCUUUGGUGAUCACUCGUAGCCAAGUAAGAUUGUCUUCCAUGAACAUGGAGCCAGCUAAUUCUGGUUUUGCUCCCAUUCUCCUCCCCACUGCCUUCUACAAGGGCAACACUGAGACUAAGUAGGAGGAAGCUAGCAGGUUGUUCUACCCCCUGGGCUGGGCUGAACAUUAGAAGGCUGGCUGAGGACUAAGGCUGGUGUGGGGAGCUCCCCAUUCACUCCAGAGGAGCAGCCUCCAUGGACAAAGAGAGUCUACUUUGCAGCUCCUCCUUAUGCCAACAUCAUCACUCCUGGGAACCAAAGGGACUCUCUGAAGGGACUCCAAGAAAGAUUUGAGUUUCCUCUGCUUUGUACUGAACAGGUAUGGUGGUGUUCGGUGUAUUGCAGCUGUUGCUGCUUUCCAAGGAAGCUGCCCUGCUCUGUCCUCCCCGGUGUCAGUCCUGCUCUGUAUUUGCAGCAAAAUGUGAGCAAGUCUCAGCACUCUCAGAAGGUGAGUCUGCCCCACUCAAACCCACGCUUCCGCUUCCUCCUCCCCAUCACUUCCUGUGAUUGUCUCCGUGGAUAAGUCGGGGACGGGGAAAUUUUUUUAGCACUUGGGACAUGUUUCCUUCUGGGCAGCUUUCUGAGGACUAUAUGUCAGUGGUGAGCACAGCCAGAUGCAAAAGUGGGCAGAGCAAUGCAUUUAACUUUUACCUUUGUACAGUAGGCAAGUUUCCACACACACUCAUGUGCCUCUCCAAAGCCUCUGUCCAGGCAAGCAAGAAGCAUUAUCAGAGUUCAAGGAUGUUCUAGCCAUUCAAGGAAAGUGUGAAGCAAGGCCAAUGUGGGGUGUGGCCGGGGAAGAAGAUAGAGUCUGGCCUGGGGAGAGUUCCAAAGGACAAGUAGAGAAGCCUGGAGGGCUACAUUUGCCCUCCAGGCCUGAAGCUCCCCAUCUAAGCAGUUCUGCAAUGCACCAACUAUCAUUAUCUGGUGCCUGGGGCUGCCAUGCAUUUGGAUUUUCCUGGGCAUUACUGGGAUUUCAAAGGCAGAAUUGGAGUCUGGGGGGAAUUUCCGAAAUGUGGUGCUUUGUCCUGGAUCUUAGGAAAAUGCAUUUGUUGGUGUUUUUGUAAAAAAGAAAAGAAAAAGUCAACAUAUUUCAUGGUGUCCUAUAAUAUAAUAAUAAUAAUUUAUUAUUUAUACCCCGCCCAUCUGGCUGGGCUUCCCCGGCCACUCUGGGCGGCUUCCAAAAGAAUAUUAAAAUACUAUAAUACAUCAAACAUUAAAAGCUUCCCGAAACAGGGCUGCCUUCAGAUGUCUUCUAAAAGCCUGGUAGUUGUUGUUCUCUUUGACAUCUGAUGGGAGGGUGUUCCACAGGGAAGGCGCCACUACCGAAAAGGCCCUCUGCCUGGUUCCCUGGUUCCUGAUUUCUACUUUUUGAAAUAUGGCAGCAGUGGUGCCUAAGAAUGGGCAGAUCAGUCUAUUUGGGGGCUGUGUCAAUUCCACUUUUGUUUACUCAUAAGUCUGCUCUGACUAAUUUCUGUAUUAAACUACAUUUAAAAUAAACAUUUUCUCUCAAGAUGCACAUUUUAAGAGUAUUUUGCUACGAUACAUUUUAUUGGUGGUGGUUGGACUUCAAAAACUAUUACCAUUAGAUCCAGUGUGGUGUAAUGGCUGGAGUGUUGGAUUAGGAAUAGGGAAGCCUAGAUUCAAGUUGCCAUUCAGCCAUUGUGAUCCCUGGUGACUAUGUGCCAGCCACACACAUCGCAACACACCUCACAGUGUCGUUAUGAGGAUAAAAUGGGUGAGGGAGGAACUAAUGAUAUAGACAUAGAUAUCUCAGGGCUCAGGAACCUGGGGCACUCUAGCUCCCAUCAGCCAAGCCAGCAUGGCCAAUGACCAAGGGUGAUGGGAUAUGUAGUUUGGCCAGAUUUGGAGAGCCACAGGUUGCCUACCUCUGAUGUAGAUAAUCCUGAGAAAAAGAGCAGAAUGCAAAUGUAAUAAACAAAACAAAAGAGAAGCACCGUUGUACAUAGGCUUUUUCUGCAUGAUGUAUGCAAAUUGCAGAAUCCUGCUUCCCUCAGUGCAGAAUGUGAGUUACCAUAUCCUGUGUAUUUCCAGUAAGAAGUCGUAAGUCCAAAUGUUGCUUUGCCUUGUAGUUUUCUGUCUAAGUGUCUCCCCACCCUCUCCCACCCCUUCCCCCUGUAUUCAGUCUUAGUAGGUUUGUCAAGUUACACAGAGAAGAUACACCUACGUCAUGGGAACCUUAGUGAGAUUCCUCCACUGUCCUUCACAAAAUUCUCCAACCUCCAGUUCCUGUCAAUCACUGGAUUCCUAGUUUCAUCCCUGACCAACCUCACCUUUUCCACAGUUCAUGCCAACCGCCUGAGGGUAUUGAAUCUCAGCAAUAACCACCUCCUUAGUUGCAUGGUUCAGCCAAUGGCUUUCUCAGGUCUUCUGCUCCUGGAUGAAUUGAUUCUGACCAACAAUAGUUUGGACAUAUUGAGAAGGUCAUGGUUCUCAGAAAUGCCAAUCCUCAGCAAACUCUUCCUUGGGGCCAACAGAAUUGCAUACCUUCCUCCAAGAACAUUUGAAAGCCUGGCCAAGCUGGAUGAACUGGUCGUGUCUUCUAAUUUGAUCCAGUAUCUUCCAAUGGACACUUUCUAUGGAUUGCCCUUGUUGACCAAACUGGACUUAUCAAGCAACAAAAUCAUGUUCAUCAACCAUGAGGUUUUUCAGCCUUUGCAAACACUCAAACAUCUUCUACUGUUCCAAAACAGGUUGAGUGUCUUGCCCAUCCUUCCAGGUUCUGUAAACUUCUUAUUUCUUCACAAAAACCCAUGGGAGUGCAAUUGCCAACUGGCAAGAUCUAUGGAGCCACUGAUGGCCAAAAUCCAGUAUCUCGAUGAUAUUGUUUGUGAUAGACCCCCCAACUUUGCAGGACACCAAGUGAUGAGCAUCAGGCCUGGAGAUUGUGUCUCUCUGUCUCCCUCUCCAUCCCCAAGCACACACCUCCUGCCAUCAGCUAUACUGAACCUCAGCUUUUUUUAUGGCUUUCUAGGUAAAUGCUAUUUAAGCAUAUGUUUGAAAGCUGGACCUUUUGAUAAAUCAAAACGCUUUGAAUUGAUUAACUUAGUCAGUUAGUCACCUAAAUGCUGCAAUCCCAUCAAUAACAGUAGCAGAAUCACCAUUCCUGUAACCAUCGUUUUCUGACUAAACUAUUUUUACAAUGUUUGCUAAACAGUGUUGGAUAGUUUUUUCUUUAAAUGUAGUUGAACCGUACAAAGGACAUAAUGCAGAAGAAUGUAAACAAAGCCAAUGCACACCCUGCCUUACAGUUAUUUACAGCUUCAGGUUUCAAAAUGUAGUUGCAUUCCAAAUAUUGCCUGCACCCAACUUCAAAACAAAUAGGCACCUUUUGUGUAAUUGGAAGGAGGACAAGUCCCUCACCCCACCCCACCCAACCCCACUGGGACAUCUUUCCUUCUGCUUUGAUGUUCUUGCAUCAGAUAGGAACAUAAGAAACUGCCUUAAUGCCAACUCAGGCUGUUUGUCCAUCUAGGGCAGUAUUGUCAACUCUGACUGGCAGUGGCUCUCCAGGGUUUCAGACAGGGUGUCUCUCCCAGCCCUACCUGGAGAAGCCAGGGAUUGAACCUGGGAUCAUCUGCCAACAAAGCAGAUGCUCUGCUACUGAGCUACAGACCCCUCCCAAGAUGUUUUUUUUGCAGAGGAAGAGCUGGGAUUUCAUACUUUGCACAAUGGCCAAGUCCUUGUGCUUUGUUUCUUUCCCGAUGAGUGGGAGGGCACCCUGAGAGCAGGAUGAAAUCUGCUUGCAGGCUGUAUGAAGCCACAGGCCAGGGCUUCCCAACCCCUGGUCCAGACAAUACUGAGCUUGAUGGAAAGAUAGCCUGACCUUGUCUAGGGCAACUCCCUUCCCAAUGCAUGCCACUGUAGGCUGCUUGGAGGAAGCCUGGGAUGCAAAUAGAAUAAAGCAGACAAAAUAAAUUGCAGAUCAUGAAGCUGACCAUUCAUCUCUACCAUGCUUUAUCUCCAUGGGUGCAGGAGGACUCCUCGUUGGUUUAAUUCCAGGCCUGGUCAUCUGUUGCUGCAUUCCCAACUAUUGUAACUGCACCCCCUUUGCAAAGCAGACUGAAGACAAACCACCCUCCCAAAAGAAAUCGACCAAAAUGUCCUUGAGCAAAAAGAGGACCUCAAACGUGGACCCACUGAAACCUUCCAGUUUUCCCAUCAUGGAGAAUGCUGCAAGCCAUUCGGAAGGGGUCAACAUUGCUAGAGGGUCAUUGUGUGGCUGCUUCUGUGGAACCUGUAGAGCACAAGAUUUGGGACAGGCCAAAUCUUUCCUCAAGAAGCCGGUGGUUGCCUUUUUAUCGACGGAUCCUGUGGGUAAAACCAUUGUCACUCUCCAUGAGAAAGGAGACAGCCUGUCUUGCUGCCUGGCACACAGGGGAUGUAUCAACAGGGUGAAUGACGCCUCUAGAUCUACCAGAGCCCAUGGCAGUCAGGAGCAAUCGUUUGCAAAGUGGAGUGCAGGAUCCUGCUGCCCGUGCAUCCAGCAUGCAACUUUACAUCAGAUGGAGUGGAAGAAACAUGGUGAGUGACCAACACGGAACAGAGAAACCAUCCAAGACUUGUCCACAGUGAUCCAUGUGACGGUCACCUCCAGGCUUGACUACUGUAAUUUGCUUUACGUGGGGCUGCCCUUGAAGCUGUCCCAGAAACUCCCAACGGGUGCAGAAUGCUGCAGCGAGGCUCCUCACGGGGUCUCUGCCAUGGGAGCAUAUUCACCCAGUGCUUUUCCAGCUGCACUGGCUCCCGGUGGAGUACAGGGUCAGAUUUAAGGUGCUGCUUUUGACCUUUAAAGCCCUUCACGGCCUAGGACCCUCAUACCUACGGGACCGCCUCUCCCGGUAUGCCCCACGGAGAGCCUCAAGGUCCAUAAAUAGCAACACCCUAGUGGUCCCGGGCCCUAAGGAAGUUAGAUUAGCCUCAACCAGAGCCAGGGCCUUUUCAACACUGGCUCCAGCCUGGGAGAACGCUCUGCCUCAUGAGACCAGGGCCCUGCAGGAUCUGAUUUCUUUCCACAGGGCCUGUAAGACAGAGUUGUUCCACCUGGCCUUUGACUUGGAGCCAAUUUGAUUCCCUCCCCCUCUUUCUUUUUUCUUUUUUCUUUUUCCUUUCUCCUCCUGUGAAUAAGCCUGCAUUUUAAUAUUUUAAUGUUUCAAUAUUUUAAUGGUUGUAUUUUAAUCUUGUUUUUAAGUUGUACUCAUUCAACUUGUUUUUAUUAUUGCUUGUUAGCUGCUCUGAGCCCGGCCUUGGCUGGGGAGGGCGGGGUAUAAAUAUAAAUUAUUAUUAUUAUUAUUAUUAUUAUUAUUAUUAUUAUUAAGCAUUUGAUUAUACUAUGGCUAUGGAUUCCUCCACACUAUACAUUUUAAAGCACAUGGUUUCUCCUAAAGAAUCCAGGGAACUGUAGUUUAUCCCUCACAGGGCUAUAUUUCCCAACAACCUACAGUUCCUAGGAUUUUUUUUUUUUUUUUGAGGGGGGGAGCCAUGUGUUUUAAAUGUAUGGCGUGGAAAUGACUUGUAUCUUUACCAGCAGAUUUUCCUGGAUGAAACAAGCUGAAUAAAUAAAUCAGGUUCAUAUAGUUCAGGGUUUGGUGUCUGUCAAGACUUUGUGUCUGUCAAGGUUACUUUGAAUUGGGGCAGUCAGUCAAGGGUCUGCAUGCUGGUGGUGGGUGUGGUCAAAGCCAUUGAUGGGCAGAGCAAGAGCCAAAAAUCUGUGGAACUUCCCUUUGUCCAGCUUUCCCCCUUCUCUUUCUCUCUGCUACUCCCUUCUCUCCCUCUUCUUCACUGUCAUGGAGAGAGAAAUAGACAGAGAGACAGAGAGGCAGAGAGACAGACAGAGUUAGAUAGAAAUGCGGCUGAGGGCCUCUGGUUAAUGGAGCACUCCAAACAAGUUUCUCAAGUUAAUUUUUAUUGAUGCCUGUGUGCAUUCCAUGUGUCACCUGUAUUUGUGAUGUAGGAUUUGUUUUCUCUCUCUGGCUUUUCAUGUUUUCAGAGUUGAGGGAAGGAGUCCAUCACCAGUUGGAUGGACAGAUAUCACACCCAGAGACUCAGCUUGGUGGUGUUCAGGACUCCGAAGCUUUGGUCCAUAUAGAUUUUCCAGAUGAAAGUGCCCUCAAGAUGGAGAGAGACUGUUCCAUGUUUUACAAGACCCCUUCCAAGAGAAAAGAGUUGGCUCAGAAUGGAUUGAACUCUACUACCCAUAGUUGGCUGACAACAAAGAAGAAGAACAUGUCAAUGUCUGGAGGUCCUAGUCAUCACUACCAGGGUGGUAGUGGCACAUCUCGUAGAUGCAGAAAAGCCUCUGAAGAGAAACUGUAUGGAGAACGCUUCAAAGAGGGAAGCCAUUCUAAGCACCCAACCAGAAGUGGACAGUCAUCUUGGAAGACUGAUAUUUAUUCCAAAGGCUAUUCCUCCUUGCCAAGCAAGGGCAGAAGAAAACAGCAGAGGAAGCAACCAGGUGAUCUGCACACCCCUCCAUACUGUGGCAUGACUUCCACUUCUUGCCUUUCCAAUGUGCCCAGCCAGUCAGAGGAUUACAGCCCCAGGUCUCCAAAGGAUGCAUGUACUGAAAUGCUGUCCAUCGCACAAUAUCCUGAGGAAGGAGGGAGCAACUCCCAAUACUUGGAUACUACAGCACAGGCCAGAACAAGAGUUCUUGAACAUAGAAAAGCUGGGAUCCAGCAACAAGGCCCAGACAUUUCCUUGUCAAGGAAUGUACCCACCACCACAAGAAUGUGGAAACAUAGAAGCGAUAGAGAGGAACCCAACCAGUAUUGGAUAGCUCAGAGGCGGCACACUCAACAGAGCACCACCCCUAGGACCUCCAGAAGGCUAGAUAAAGCUACCCAAUGGUCUUCCACUGACAAAGUCCACCUGAAAGGUAACAUUGAGCAUGCAUUAUCAUUUUUCAAGUGGGGCAGUUUAGUACCAGCAUGGAGAAAAGCAGGGAGCACAUGUCCACUGACCACAACAGCAGCCCUGGCUCAUCCUCCUUUGAUAAUGUCUGGUUAAAAUAAGAUGCAUGAUGUGGCAUCAUUAUGCAAUGUCACUACAGCAUGUAUCCCCCCCCCCCUUUGCCAGACCUAUGACUAGAGAAGGAAGAGAUAAGGGGUUAUGGAGGUGUUUUCAGGGGCCACAACACAUUCUCCAUAUUGAGAUGCAUCUGAAUAUUUAUUUGAUUAAUUCUUUGAUUAUGGCUGGAUGGCUGGAUAGACAAAUUCACGGAGAAUAAUGCUUUCAGUAGCUACUAGCCACAAUGGCUAUGCUCUGCCUCAGCAGCUGGAGGCAACAAUGAAUCUGAAAACCAGUUGCUGGAAUCCACAGAGGGGAAGUGUGCUUUUGGAAGAGAGCCAGUGUGGUGUAGUGGUUAAGAGCGGUAGUCUCGUAAUCUGGGGAACCGGGUUCGUGUCUCCGCUCCUCCACAUGCAGCUGCUGGGUGACCUUGGGCCACUCACACUUCUUUGAAGUCUCUCAGCCCCACUCACUUCACAGGGUGUUUAUUGUGGGGGAGGAAGGGAAAGGAGAAUGUUAGCCGCUUUGAGACUCCUUAAAGGGAGUGAAAGGCGGGAUAUCAAAUCCAAACUCUUCUUCUUCUUCUCGUGCCCAGGUCCUGCUUCUGGGUUUCCCACAGGAUCUGGUUGGCCACUGAGGGAACAAGACGCUGGACCCAGAUGGGCCAUUGGCCUGAUCCAGCAGGCUCUUAUGGUGUUCUUACAUUCAUCUCCAUCAUCAGCCUUUACUUCCUAAGUACAGAAGGAGAACUGAGAUUAUGAGCCCCAUUCCCACCCCACCAUUGGCCUUGUACUUAAGACCAAUGGCCAUUUGGCUCUUGCUCUCCAAAAAGAAGAGGAGUUUAGGGUUUAAUUCCCUAAUUAAAUGUGAUUGGGAGGCGGGAGCAGGAGAUUGUGUGCAUCUCUUUAUCAGUUGGAAAACUGGGAACAUCACAAACAAAUGAAAGAAGCAUACAAUCCCUAAUUUUAUGUUUCAUCCUGCAGAACAUGAAGCAGCCCUUGGUCUGCACCACAAUGCUGAGAGGUCGAAGUUGGAAGACGUCUGGCAACCAAUCUCUUUAUCAGCCCUUCACCCUUCCUGUGGAAUUCCUCAUCAUGGGCAGAGGGAAGGUGAUUUAGAGACUCCUUCUCCUCUGGCCAACACAACAGCACUUGCCACUGUCUUCCCGCCGACUAAGAACACCAUGCAAUUGAUUCUAAAAGGUCAGGAUAGGAGCCUGGGGGUUGUGGGGACAUUAGAAGCUAAGAUGGUGGUUGACCACAGAGUGGACAUGUACCCUCCAAGGGGUGUGAGCCUCAGAACCUUGAGUGAAGAAAUCCUGGAUGCAGAAGUGCCUUUAGAGUCUUUUGCCAUUGGCACUGCCAAUCCAUGUUUUGCAGAAGGUAAAGAGGAUGGUGUUGGCUCAUCUUCCAAAGCAAUGGAUCUGAAUUCCUGCUAUGACACUCCUAUUGGCCUCCUCUUCACGACAGAUGAGAAUCCGUGGCUGCUGGAGCUUCCUACGUCUGAUAAGAGCUGCAGCAACAUGAUUUAUUCAAGCUUUCAAGGGGGUGGACAUGAAGAGGCCGCAACUGUCACAUCAAGCUGCCCUUUGGUUCAGAAAAUGUGCCAGAUCAAUUUCCCCCUUCUGGCUGAAGAGGAAAGCACAAGCUUGCCAGGUGAGCAUACGGAGGCUGACUCAGCUGAUAUGAGGGAAGACUGUGUGGUUGCCUAUGAAAGCCCUUCAGGAAAUUAUGGGGAGCAAGAAGGCUGCUUAAAGACUGAACUUGAUCCCAAGUCUAAGAAGUAGCCUAGUGGGUUCCCCCACCCACUCACUUGCUACCAAAGUAAAACUUUGUCGAAGGUGAUGAGGCUGCAAUCUCUUCCCUCAAUGGAAGUUGGUUCCAUUUUUCAAAAAGGAAUGGAUGAAUGUGUCAUUCUCACUGUGCUCAGUUUCUCAUUCCCCCAACACUCAGUAUUUUAAGUUCACAUUUAUGACACUGCAAUUUAGAGUGCAAAACAUCCCUCAAAAACUUGAACAUUUUUUUAUUUUAUUGC